AUGGGUAGAUUUGGUAAUCAAGCUGAUCACUUUUUGGGUGCAUUAGCAUUCAGUAAAGGUUUAAAUAGAACCCUGAUUCUUCCUCCAUGGGUGGAAUAUCGAUAUGGAGAGCCAAGAUCAAUACAAGUGCCUUUUAAUACUUAUUUUAAUGUUCAGAAGUUGUCACAAUAUCAUAAGGUGAUAACUAUGGAGUUAUUCAUGCAUAAUAUAGCUCCUACUAUUUGGGCGAUAGAUAAACGGAUUUCAUUCUGUUAUACUCAAAGAACUGGUGAAAUUGACAACAGUUGCAAUGCUAAGUCUGGUAAUCCAUUUGGCCCAUUCUGGGAUACUUUUGGUAUUGAUUUUGUUGGAUCAGAAUUUUACGGGCCUCUAAAUUAUGAUGUUCACAAUGCUGUCAUGAUGGAGAAAUGGCAAAUCAAGUAUCCUCCAGAUAAAUUUCCUGUACUUGCCUUUACUGGGGCUCCUGCAAGUUUCCCAGUACAAAAAGAAAAUGUUCACCUUCAAAAAUAUCUACAGUGGAGUGCCGAUAUUGUAAAUAAAACAAGAUUAUUCAUAAAAAAAAAUAUGAGUGGUGGUGGCUUCAUAGGUAUCCACUUGAGAAAUGGACAAGACUGGGUUAAAGCUUGUCAGCAUAUUGGAGAUACUGUCAUGUUAUUUGCUGCUCCACAAUGUGUAGGAUAUAAAAAUGAAAGAGGACCAUUAACAUUGUCAAUGUGUUUACCGCAACCAACUGAUGUAAUUAAACAAGUGAAAAGAGCUCUCAAAAAACACGAAAACAUAAAGUAUGUAUUUGUGGCAUCAGAUUCAAACCACAUGGUUGAUGAAUUGAACAAAGGAUUACAUCGUGCAGAAGUUGCUAUUAUUCGCUUACAGCCUUCAAAUCCUCAUCUAGAUUUGGCAAUCUUAGGUCAAGCUAAUUAUUUUAUAGGUAACUGCGUGUCGUCAUAUUCAGCUUUUGUUAAAAGGGAGAGAGAUGUAACAGGCUUACCUUCCGAGUUUUGGUCAUUUCCUCAUCGGAGAAAGAGCAAACAUGAAGAGUUGUAA